AUGCCCGUCGAACUGGCAUUCAAUGACAAUGUCGGCGACACAAUCCCCGCCGACACUCCUCACGCUGUCAGUGUCUCGCUACCUACAUGGGCUGCCAACGUAGCCUACGAAGAGGCCCAGCCAUGGAUCGUCGAGAAGAUGCAAUGUGGCUACCCUCGCUUUUUCAUCCACAAGAGCAUCCAACGUCUUGCCACUGAAAUUGUCAAGCGCUAUGGCAAUCCCUCGCAGAAUGCCAUGCUGUUUCCCACUCACAAAGCCGCCAACCGUCUUCUUGAAUUCAUGCACCGCAUGGCUCCCGAGUCCCAAGGCACUGCCCGCAUCAUCGAUUUCGUACCCAACCCAAGGACCGAAUCACACGACGAGUCGCAACACGUCUUACCCCGUUUGUCCGCUGUAUUGUACCCUACCGAGCUCUGGCCUGUCGCAAAGCAAGUAUGGCAGCACAGUGGAGAUGGUGUGUCAAGCAGAAGAGCCGAGUUUGUUGAAAAGCAUCUGCUUGACGGCACCAUGGUCGACAAGGCGUCCAUCUACGACAAGCCACGCAAGGGUCCUCGCAGAUACCAACGCCAGAUGUCAAUCGACACUCCCCACCAAUCUCCAACCUCGGAAAAGGACGACAAAGACAGCGCCGAUCCAUUUGCCUUUGUCGAAGAAAGAUUUGGUCGCAAUUUGAAUGUUCAGUUUGCCCAACAAGCAAAGCUCGCCAUUCGCCGCCGUAUCGCUGGUUCCUUGACUUCAGAUGCCGACUUGAAGGAAGCUUUGAAGCAUCCCGAAGAUGUCGAACGUACUCGAAGUGCUGAAGGCUUCUCCGUCGACGACGUCUUCCUCUACCCUACCGGCAUGAGUUCUAUCUUCAACACACAUCGCACCAUGAUGGCGAUUCGCCCCAAGAACAAAAGCAUCAGCUACGGCUUCCCCUAUGUUGACACGCUGAAAAUCUUGCAGAAGUGGGGUCCUGGUGCUGUCUUCUAUGGAAAUGGUUCACAAGAGGACUUGGAUGAUUUGGAAAAGCGUCUUGAGGCUGGGGAGCGCUUCCUGAGUUUCUUCACCGAAUUUCCCAGCAAUCCUUUGCUGAAGUGCCCCGACUUGCAGCGCAUUCGUCAACUGGCCGACAAGUACGACUUUGCCGUUGUCAUCGACGAGACGAUUGGCAAUUUCCUGAACGUUCAUGUAUUGCAGUAUGCCGAUGUCGUCGUGAGCAGUUUGACCAAGGUCUUUUCUGGCGACAGCAAUGUUAUGGGAGGCUCGGCCAUCCUGAAUCCUGCAGGUCGCUACUAUAACGACUUAAAGAAGUACCUGGCUCAAGACUACGAAGACAACUUCUUUGAGGAGGACGCCAUGUUCCUCGAGCGCAACAGCAGAGAUUUCGUGUCUCGUAUUGCUCGUAUAAACACUAAUGCUGAAACCAUCUGUGACGUUUUGAUGCAGCACCCUCGUAUCAAGCAAGUAAACUACCCGAAAUACUCGCCGUCAAAGAAGUACUACGAUGCUUGUAGGCUUCCCAACGGUGGCUACGGAGGUCUCUUGUCUGCCACUUUCUACUCGAUGGAUGAUGCAAUUGCCUUCUAUGACAAUCUCAACACAGCAAAGGGUCCUUCAUUGGGAACAAACUUUACGUUGAGCUCACCCUACGCAUUGCUUGCACAUUUUACCGAGCUUGACUGGGCUGCACAAUUUGGUGUAGAAGCAAAUCUCGUGCGCUUCAGUGUUGGUCUUGAGGAGACUGAAGCUCUGAAGAAGGUCUUCCAAACUGCACUCGACGCUAUCCCACAGACAGAGACCAACGGUAACGGCAACGCAGCAUAA